GUAGAGUUAUAAAGUAUUAGACUAAGCCGGGAAAGCUGCAAGGUUAUAGGUCAUCUUCUUAGUGACGUCUACUCCAACAGGCAAGAGAGACUCAAGUUCAGAUACACGUCGAGGCGAGGCUGGAAAGAUGACCUGCCCUGCGGUAAAACUGUCGACCGGAGCGUCCAUGCCUCAAGUUGGGCUGGGGACCUGGCAGUCGAAAGACAACGAGUGUUACGAAGCGGUGAAGGCUGCUCUAGACGCGGGAUAUCGCCACAUCGACACCGCCGAACUCUACCAGAACGAGAAGGAGAUCGGGCGGGCUCUGAAGGAGAAAAUGGGCGCAGGAAUGGCGAGGGAGGAUGUCUUCGUCGUCAGCAAGCUUUGGAACACCAGGCACCACCCUGAUGACGUCAUGCCUGCCUGCCAGAAGAGUCUGGACGAUCUGGGACUAGACUACCUGGACCUGUACCUCAUGCACCAUCCAUUCCCAUGGGCGAGAGGAGACAACCUACUGCCUAUUACUGACGGCAAGGCUGAACAUUCUGAUGUCCCCUUCAUGGAUACCUGGAAGGCGAUGGAGAAUCUGGUGGAUGCAGGCCUGGUGAAGGCCAUUGGUGUGUCCAACUUCAACAUCUCACAGAUGGAGGAGGUUCUGACCAAUGGGAGGAUCAAACCAGUUGUCAAUCAAGUGGAGAGUCAUCCUUACGUGACGUGUAACCGAAUGUUGGAGUUCUGCACCGAGAAAGGCAUUGUGAUGACGGCCUACUGUCCUCUUGGUGCACCUGGGGAUAUUGCUGAUCACGGGCUGGCUGUGUUGGAAGACCCAGAAAUCAAGAAAAUCGCCGAGAAACACGGGAAGUCAGCCGCGCAGGUGUGCCUGCGUUGGCAGGUGCAGCGAGGCGUGGUCGUCAUCCCGAAGAGUUUGAGGGCCACAAGGAUGGUGGAGAACUCUCAGAUUUUUGACUUCAAGCUGACUGCAGCUGAGGUGGAGACCAUCAAUAACCUGAACCAGGACAAGCGGGUUUACAAGUGGGAAUGGAGCAAGGAUCAUCCACAGUGGCCCUUUAAUGAGAAGUUCUAAACUACCAGGACCGUAACACAAUUACUGACGAGAACCAAUCCAAAUCAAGACUCUGUAUUGUUGUAACCUUAUAGUAUUGUCACAUGUAAUAGUAAUUAAUGUUCGCUCCUUUAUAUCCAUGGACUAGUAAUGCUAUUUGCGUAUCAAAGGAAUAACAUCAUAUGCUACAGUUGCUACAGUAUGGUCAAUAAUACUGGGUUUGGUAUCCCUAUAUUACACACUGAAACUUAUUUCAUUUGGCCAUGGAUUCGUUCCUCUACCUUCUUCACUCCAUCAUUUUAUAAACUCUAGUUACAUUG